AUGCCUCUCUUCUCCAACGCGGGCGGGAACGGGCAAGAGGUGAAUGAUCCUGGCAGCAGCGGCGGUGAUGGAGAUGUCGAGCAGACACCGGACGAGCGGACGCGGUUGCUCCCGAACCGUGUCGAACCGUAUCCGCGGGCUAUGCUCACGCCCGACGACCCUGCCGUGUCGCCCUACAACCUUUGGAGCAUCCGCAUCCUGCGGUACCUCACCGUCACCUUUUCGGCCGUCACCUUUGCCUGGUGGAUCGUGCUGCUGGUUUCCGCCUUCGUGACGCCGCCGGGCCUGCACACACGCGGCGGCAACUUCCUUGCCUUUGGCUAUGCGAGCCUGACGCUGUCGAAUAUGCUCCUCACCCUCCUCUUUUUCGGCGUGCCAUCCAAGGCAGUGCGGGUACUGGCCGUAGUCCAGGCGUCACUGUUGCUGCUCGACAUGAUACUUCUGCUCUGCGUGCGGCAGACUCGGUACGAGGAGGGUUGGGUCGGCACCGUCAGCGUCGUCUGGGCAUUGCUCAUGAGCCUCUGGACCCUGCUCACGGACCGAAGCGUUCAAUGGGGCAAGGAGGAAGAGGAAGAGCGGCUGACGGGCCGUGCAGAGACGCGGCGAACCCUGGUCGAGUGGUUGGCCGUGCUGCUAUCGACUGUCGGAUACGUCGUCAUGGUCGUCGCCGUCGCCCUCAUCACGAUGACCAUCAUCUUGCGAGCCCUCGACUCGGCCGUGGCGCCGCCGGGGACCCUAUACGCCGUCGACAAUGGCCAAUAUCGCAUCCACCUGCACUGCCGCGGAAACAGGACCGACUCGGCCGGCAUGAAGUUGCCGACUGUCCUGUUGGAGGGCGGUGAGCGACCGGUCGAGGAGCACCUGUGGGCAUUCAUGGACAACGCCUUGAAGAAUGGGUCCGUUUCACGAUACUGCUUCGCCGACCGUCCCGGCUACGGCUGGUCCGACACGGCACCAUCGCCGUUGUCCGUAGGCUUCGCCACUGACGUCCUGGGCGAGGCGCUGGCCGAGGCCGGAGAGGGAGGCCCCUGGAUCCUCGUCGGUGCGGGUAUCGGCUCCCUGCAUUCUCGCGUCUUCUCGUCGCGCCACGGCCGCGACGUCGAGGGCCUCCUUCUCAUCGACCCGUUGCACGAGGACCUCCUCGGUGCCAUCGCCACACCCGGACGCGGCUUCCUGCUUUGGCUGCGGGGCAUCCUCUCACCCUUGGGCUUGGAUCGUCUCUCCGGCGCCAUCUUUCGAGGUCGGACGAGCAGAGACCGGCUUUACGGACGAUGCGCGCAGCAAAACGGCAAGUUCAUCUAUGCCAAGCUGCAGGAGAGCCUGGUCGCCGACUCGUUCACCAAGCGCGACGUGCUGAGCAGCCGGCAGACACAGUUGCGGAACACGCCGCUCGUCGUCAUCAGCUCUGGCCUGGAGAUGAAGGAGAGCGGGACAUGGGCGGACAAGCAGCGGGACCUGACGACGCUGACAGACGAGCUGAGGCACUGGGACAUUGUCGACCGAUCACCGCACCAGGUGUGGGAGACGGUCGAGGGGAGGGAGCAGAUGGAGAAGCGAUUGCGGCAGUUGCUUCGACCGUGA